UCUCUCUUCUUCCUCAUUUGUCAGAUCUCAUCUCUCACUCUCACGGUUCUCCUCUCCCUCUCACCCUCUCUUCCCCCGAACCAUCUCUCUCACCCUCUCUAUUUUCCUCGGCCGACGCCUUUCCUUCUGCAGCCGCCACUUCCGCGCACCGCCGUCUUCCCAUAUCUCUCCCUCACCGCUGCGCCGGUCUCGAUUGUGGGUAAUUGACUAUGGCUGCUAGAAACCGUAUUGCCCGUGAAGUCAUGAAUAACAGGCGUGGAUACCCUGUUGAAGGACCUUAUGCUAGGCCUCCUCAUUUGUCUCGGCCGAUGCCCCACCCAGCAAUGUUGGAGGAGGAGCUUGAAUUGCAGCAUGGUGAAAUGCGGAGACUGUUGGGUGAUAAUAGGAGGCUGGUUGAAGACCGAAUUGCAUUGCAGCGUGAGCUUGCUGCUGCGAAGGAGGAGCUUCAUCGUAUGAACAUUGCCAUUGGGGAAAUUCGUGCUGAAGAAGAUUUAAGGUCCAGGGAGCUUUAUGAGAAGGGUAUGAAGCUGGAGGCUGAUCUUCGAGCAGCCGAGCCUUUGAAAAAUGAGGCUAUACAACUUCGUGGGGAAGUUCAGAAGCUCAAGGACCUUAAGCAGGAGCUGUCUUCCCAAGUAAAGACUCUUAAACUUGAAGUUGGAAGGUUGCAAGUUGAUAAUCAACAGAUUCCUCAUUUGAGAGCUGAGAUUGAUGGUCUGCACCAGGAGCUUAUGCAGACUAGGACUGCAGUCGAGUAUGAGAAGAAAGCAAAUAUUGAGCUGAUGGAACAGAGACAGUCAAUGGAGAAGAACUUAGUUUCCAUGGCUCGAGAAGUUGAGAAAUUACGUGCAGAACUCACUAAUGCUGAUGGAAGAGCAUGGGGUGCAGGGGGACCAUAUGGGAUGAAAUUCAGCAGCCCAGAUGGGAGUUUCUCUGCUGCUCCGUAUCGAGAUGGAUAUGGGCUUCACAUGGGUGUUGCUGACAAAGGACCUAUUUAUGGACCGGGUUCUGCUUCAUGGGGAGCACCUGAGAAAUCGCGCAUGAAUCGGCGUUGAGAUGGUUAUUGGACAGAUUGAGAAGAGCCAGGAAGCGAAAAGAAUGCAGAUGGAAGGUAGGCCACCGGUCUUGACUAUCGAGGGUUCUAGGAGUGGACGACCUUAAUAUGACUUAGCUAUGGUGAAAACUAAGUAUUUGACAGGUCUUUUUGGGAUGUUGGUAAGCAUAUUCAGAAAGUUACAUUGCUGAUUAUAUUGGUAGAUAAUAUGGUUGCCAAAGUUAAAUCCUUCAAUAUUUCACUUAUAAUGCCAAGCAAAUAUCUAUAGAAGGAUUCUCCUCCCUGCAGUUUGCCAUUGCCUUUUAGAAAUUGCCUGAGUUCAGUAUAAGCCUUUGCACAAAGAGGAAAGUACUUUAGGCUUUGAAAUUUGUUGCCUUGUGCCCUUACCAUUAAACUGAUCAACUUUAUUAUUAUGGCCAGAGGAGUGGUUUCAUAUUAGCUUUUGAAACUAGGCUCCCCGAUGAAGCUCAUAAUUUCUCUAUGUGCUAGUGGGCAUUGGAUUUGGUGGCUACUGUGAUGGUUUUUUGGUGGUCGGAAAAGAAUGUGGGGAAUUUGUUUUGAAGUCUAAGACAUAAUUUGCAUACUUUGGACUGUUUGAAGUAAAGCCAAUGCAUCUUCAUCAUGGGUUCUCGUUACCCCUUUGUUCUUGAUUAGUGGUAAGGAGGUUUCAUCAUUGCAAAGCUUUACUCUAAUGGCAACGCCUUCUGCUUUCAGCUUUAGCAAUUCUCCUAGUUGUAUUCCUUUCGCAUGUGGAAUUUCGUUUUGACUAUCUCUAACCUGCUCAAUAUAUUUAUGUAUAUCUACCACACACAUUAAGAGAAGGCAUAUGAUGACCUAAAAUUUAGGCGCACACAAUUUUUAUGACACGCUCAGAUAGAAAAUGAAUUUAGUGAUGAUGCUUAUUAAAUCA